AAGGCAAAUACGUCUGGAAGGCUGUGGUGCAAGGCCACUUUUGCUGGCUAUAAGCGAGGCCUCCGGAACCAGAGAGAGCACACGGCUCUUCUUAAAAUUGAAGGUGUUUAUGCCCGAGAUGAAACUGAAUUCUACCUGGGCAAGAGAUGUGCUUACGUGUAUAAAGCAAAAAACAACACAGUGACACCCAGAGGCAAACCAAACAAAACCAGAGCGAUCUGGGGGAAAGUAACCCGGGCCCAUGGGAACAGUGGCAUGGUUCAUGCCAAAUUCCGAAGCAACCUUCCUGCGAAGGCCAUUGGACACAGAAUCCGUGUGAUGCUGUACCCUUCCAGAAUUUAAACUAAUGAAACGUAA